CGGCCAGCUUAGGCACACUACUCCUACUUUCUUAGCAGCCAGAGAAGAAGCAAAAGGAAAUGGCUACGCUCAGAGGCAGAGGCCUGGCGCUCGCGUUCCUCGCGAGCCUCCUCCUCGCCGCAGUUCCUUCCAUGGCCUCCUCCGACGACUUCCUCCAGUGCGUGCGGGACAAGAUCGCCGGCGAGCUGGUGUACACGCAGUGCUCCAGCAGCUUCGCCGGCGUGCUGGUCAACUACAUCAAGAACGCCAAGUUCGUCAACACCACGGCCAAGCCGCUGUGCAUCGUCACGCCCACCGACGCGUCGCACGUGCAGGCCGCCAUCCGGUGCGGCCGCGGCCACGGCGUGCGCCUCCGCGUGCGCAGCGGCGGGCACGACUACGAGGGCCUGUCGUACCGGUCGGCGCGGCAGGAGGUGUUCGGCCUGCUCGACCUCGCGGCGCUCCGGGCCGUCAGCGUCGACGAGGCGGCGUCCACGGCGUGGGUCGAGUCCGGCGCCACCAUCGGGGAGCUCUACUACGCCGUCGCCAAGAACAACCCCCGCCUCGCGUUCCCGUCCGGCGAGUGCCCCACCAUCGGCGUGGGCGGCCACUUCAGCGGUGGAGGGAUUGGCAUGAUGAUGCGCAAGUACGGGCUCUCCAUCGACAGGGUGGUGGACGCCAAGCUGGUGAACGCCAACGGGGAUCUCCUCGACAGGGCCGGCAUGGGGGAGGACCUGUUCUGGGCCAUCCGCGGCGGCGGCGGCGGCAACUUCGGCGUGGUGCUCUCGUGGAAGGUGCAGCUGGUGCCAGUCCCGGCCACGGUGACAGUGUUCAACAUCGCCAAGACGCUGGAGCAGGGCGCCAUCGACAUCCUCACGAAAUGGCAGGACGUGGCGCCGGCGCUCCCCAGCGAGCUCACGAUCACGGUGAUGGUGACGGGGCAGCAGGCCGUGUUCCGGGCGCUGUACCUCGGCGAGUGCGGCUCGCUCGCCUCGACGAUGCGCGACCGCUUCCCGGAGCUGAACAUGACGAGCGCCGACUGCCAGCCCAUGACGUGGCUGCAGUCGGCGGCGCUGUCCUUCUUCAGCUUCACCAACAGCAAGCCGGUGGAGGACGUGCUCCUGCCGAGACCCGCCAGCCCGACCACCUUCAGCAAGGGCAAGUCCGACUACGUCCGGCGCGCCAUCCCCAAGGCGGUGUGGAAGGAGAUCUACGCCAGCUGGUUCACGAUGAAGGGCGCCGGGGUGAUCGUGCUGGAGCCGCACGGCGGGUUCAUGUGCGGCGUGCCCGAGGACGCCACCCCGUACCCGCACCGGCGCGGGGUGCUGUACGUGAUCCAGUACAUCGCGUACUGGAUGAGCGCCGACGGCGGGCCGGCGGCGACGAGCUGGCUGGACGGGUUCUACGGGUUCAUGGCGCACCACGUGACGAAGCACCCGAGGGAGGCGUACGUCAACUUCCGGGACCUGGACAUCGGGCAGAACGCGCUGGAGGACGACUUCGGCGCCGCCGAGAACGCCAGGUUCUGGGGCCAGCGCUACUUCCUCAGCAACUACGAGAAGCUCGCCAAGGUGAAGGCCGCCGUUGAUCCCACCAACUACUUCAGGAACGAGCAGAGCAUCCCGCCCAUGGCCAACCAGCCACGCGAGUGAGCAGAGAAGGGUUGCACGCCAAGGCAAGGCAUCCAUCGGAUCAACAAACUAAAUCAUUCAUGGCCGACGAUGGUUUACUUUGCUGGGUAAAGAAUGCUGCUACUGUCAGUUGUAUUGGAUUGGAUCCUUCGUGACGACUACUGGUUCAGACGGUUUACUUUCCUGGUUAAGAAGUGUCGGUUGUAUUUUUUAUCCUUGUUCUGAUGUCUAGUUGUCUACUAGUACUACAGUUGAGACAGUGUACUUUCCUGCAAGAAACAAUUGUCGGUGAGGGUGUGAUGCUUCUUGAGAUGUUAAUGGCCAUUCGUGGCAUGUAGCGUGUUUGUGUUAUUGUUCAUUAAUUGCACCAGUACUAAUUGUCUGGUCUUUUAAUA